AUGUCUGAAGAAGUUGAUAUGAAUGUUGAAAAUGAGGAAGAUGCUGGCGGUAAAGUGGAACAUGUUGAUUGCUCUUAUGCCUUUAAUAUUUCUCAGUUGUUUGCUAGUCGUGAUGAAGUUUUACAAUGGGCUCGAUCGGUGGCUCAUGACAUUGGAUUUGUUACCGUGAUAAUGAGGACAGACACCAAUAUUAGUGUUCGACGAAGGGCCUCAUUUCUAUUGAUAGCUUGCGAAAGGAGUGGUCAGUACAGGCCUAAGAAGACUAAUCUAGUAAGAACAUGCACUGGCAGUAGAAAAUGUGGAUGCCCAUUUAAGUUGUGUGUGAAGCCAGUUUUGGGAGGAGAAGGAUGGAUGGUGAAGUUAAUUUGUGGGGUUCACAAUCACGACAUGGCAAAGUCAUUAGUUGGGCAUCCAUAUGUGGGUCGACUGACAAAGGAUGAGAAGAUUGCUGUUGUUGAUAUGACGAAGUCCAUGCAUAGGCUGAAGGAUGAUAAUGUUGUACGUGACUUGUUCUGGAGACAUCCUGAUGCAGUAAAGUUAACAAAUUCUUGUAAUUUGGUUUUCUUGAUCGACAGUACCUACAAAACAAAUAGGUACAAACUGUCGUUGGUUGAUAUUGUUGGUGUUACACCAACAGGAAUGACAUUUUCCGCUACUUUUACUUACUUGGAAGAAGAACAUCUUAAUAUUGUUGUUUGGGCUCUACAACGAUUUUGGGGUCUUUUCAUGAGUGUUGAUGCACUCCCUAGGGUUAUUGUCACCGACAGAGAUUUGUCUUUGAUGAAUGCAGUGAAAAAUGUAUUCCUAGAUGCUACGAACUUGUUGUGUCGGUUCCACAUUGACAAGAAUAUGAAGGCAAAGUGCAAAACCAUGGUUGCUCAAAAGAAUGCAUGGGAUUAUGUGAUGGAGGCUUGGAGGAGUUUGGCUGACUGUCCAUGUGAGAGUUCAUUUGAUGAAUACCUUAAAAACUUUGAAAUGGCUUGCUCGUCGUGGCCUAUGUUUGUGGACUAUGUGUGUCAAACAUGGGUGAUUCCGCACAAAGAAAAAUUUGUGAAAGCAUGGACCAACAAAGUGAUAACAAAGUGA